CAAAGGUUCCAUGUGCAAGACAGAUGUCACCAGCUUUACAGAAUCCAGAUGGUCAGACAUUCAACGAAGGAAGAUGAAAGCAACCAUUGUUUGGACUCAACUAGAAUGUUCCAUUGGUGCAAAGAAGUUCCAUUAGAUAAAGCUAUACUGACUCACAGAACUGCUGCACAAAUGCAGUUUCAAGAUCACAUUGUUGUCAGCAUCUUCGGAGAUAUAAACUCAACUUUGAUUGGCCUGCGGGACUUUGUCAUGCCUCUGCGCACCAGCAACUUGAAGUAUAAGGAGCUGAAGCCAAUAGUGUUUCUUGGGGAGCUCGAUUAUCUGACGAGGGAAUGGAAGUCCAUACAGUACUUCCCCAAAUUAUUUAUCUUUCCAGGUUCUGGACUCUCUCAUGCUAACCUGAGAUCUGUGAACAUAUAUAAUUGCUCUAUGUGUGUAAUCCUGUCUUCAAUAUGGCUUGGUAACACUGCGCAUUAUAUAAAAGAUACUGAGUGUAUUUUGGCCACACUUAACAUGAGGUCUAUGACUGUUAAGAAAACAACAUAUAAUACAGCUUUCCUGCGUGUGCCCAUUCAGAAUGGCCCUGCAUCUAAGAUUCCUGUUAUCACAGAGCUGAAGCAAGCAUCAGAUGUUACCUUUAUUAAUGAGGAUGUCGCUAGACAAUCUCAGUGCACAGAGACAAAUCCUUAUCUUACAGCUGCAUUUGCUUCUGGGUCUGUGUUUUCUGAAGAUUUUCUGGACUCACUUAUGUCCAUGAGCUAUUUCAACUGGCAGGUGUUGGCAUUACUGCAGAUCUUGGUUACAGGAGGAACUACUCCAGACCUGGAGGAGCAACUAGCGGAGGAGAAUGUAUUGAUAAAGAGCACUCCAAACACAGCCCAUGCUGCUCCAAGGAACCGCUGCAAACUAUCCCUUCUCCCUCUCACUGACCACAGGCUGAAAACUAGUAAAGGCAGUACAUAUGGAGACUUAUUCUGUAAUGCUUUGACAUCUUCCGGUAUCAUCUGCUUUGGGAUUUAUCGACUUAUGGAUACAACCAACCAACACCUCAGGUAUGUGAUCACAAGACCACCCAAAAACCUUGUGCUUCAAGACACAGAUCUGUUGUAUUGUGUGGUUCCAUACAAAGAACAGCCAGAUACACUAGAAUGUGGAGGGUCAACAUCAUUGGCAGUCACAGAGAUUUGUUCCUUGAGCACAGAAGAUUCUAAUUCAGAGCACUGAAACAUCAGCACCAUUUUCAUUAAAUGCAAAGGCUCAUAAAUGUGUCCAAAACUCUUUUGUGUUUGCUCUAAGAAUGUUGCACUUUUAUGUA